AAGUGCAAUCAGAGUAUUGACAUUGUUUGCAUCCUGCUUUGCUUAAUAAAUUUUAGAUAAUUUUUGUUAACUAUAUUAACUGUGAUUGUUCUCCAUAUCGAGUUGUUCCGAAUACCCAAUCAGUAUUUUACAGCCAAAUGUCUGUCCCUACCAACCGGAAGAUACAAAAACCGGCACAAUAUACAUGACUGUUAACGGUAUAACAGUCCUAUGUAGACAGAAAACCAAGCAAAACAUGAACGUUUAAUGCAAAUGAAGUUAGCACAAAAAAAAAACGAAUACAGCAAUACUGACACCGUGGGUAGAAGCAAGCGUAAGAGAAAUUUGUUUCGUGAUAGAAAUGCUUUCUGCGCGUUCGACGGGCGCCGAGCAAAGUCAACGCCAGGGCAGUGCAACGGUUGACGAUUAAGUCGAGAUCUCUCGCCGCUCAUAUUUACUAAGCAACCAUUCAUUCUGUAGAUUCAGUCGAAGAGAUCCCCUCGUGCGGGUUAGACUUUCGCGACACAGCGAUAAGACGCCAGAGUUGGGCAAUAGUUGUGAUUUUCUUGGAAUAGAUUAAAUUUUAUUUUUAUCUGAUAAGUGAAUUGAAAGCUACUUCAGCAUGUCCGGAGACGUCCAACCAAGGAAGCGCAAGGACAAGAAGAGGAAGAAAGACGAUGAAGACACCGUCAAGGAAACCCCCAGCCCCAAGGUAACAGCUGGAGCCGCUCAAGUUGCCAAAGAGCCAGGUGACAUCCAGAUGCAUUUGCACAAUGACCACGGCACCGGCGGUCACUGGUGCGCCAAAAUAGUGUUCUUCAUUCUCCUGACCGGGUUGGGCGCCCUAAUCGGAUUGAUCAUUCUGGAAAACCGAGGCGUUUCAAAUGCCGAUACACCAUUAUCGGAAUCCCGUUAUGCCGAGUACUUCAACGGUUGGGUAGAUGAAGAACGUGAAAAUGAUCAUCACCAUGAGGAGAUUCUGGAAGCUCUGAACCAGUUGGAUGAGCACGAUGACGAAGAUGAAGCGCAUGGCGGCGACGAUGACCACGGUGAAGAGGACGAAGAAGACGACGGUGCUCCAUACGCUGAAGUGGAAGAUCACGACGAUGAGCAUGACUUGGAAGAUGAAGAAGAAGGCGAGCUGCCAAAGCUAGAUGAUGAUGAAGUCGAAGAAAUUGUUGCCGUGAAGAAGGUGGCUAAACAAGAAGCCGCUGUUGAGGCGGAUGAAGAGGAUGAUGAUGAUAAUGAAGAUACUAAUGACAAUGAAGAAGAAGAAGAUGAAGGUGGCUAUGAAGCCGAUGAUGAUGACGAUCAGGCUGAUGCCGAUAUUGAUGAUGAAGAAGUAGAAGAUGAUUUCGUCGAAGACGGUGACGAAGACGCCGACGAUGACGAUGAGAAUGAUGAUGUUACCAAACCAACCGCGAAGACAACGGACGAUCAACCCGAUGACGACAAUGACAAUAAUGAGGACGAUGGAGAUGGUGACGGCGAUGAUGAUCAUGAAAAGGAUACUGGUGCUGGCGACGAUGAUGACGAUGAGAAGGAACCUGAAUUGGAUCAAUCAAAUAAUGAUGAUGAUGAUGAUGAUGGAGUUAAUGAUGAUCCGGAUGACGAUGUUCCGGAUGAUCAAGACAAUGACGAUGAUGAUGGUGACGAAAACGAACCGGUCGUUUACAGUCAAAAGGCCGAUAAUGAUGAUAACGACGAUGAACCUAACAAUCUAACGGCUGACGACGACGAUGCCGAUGGUGAGGAAGAUAAUGACCAGUUUGAUGAAGACGAUGAUGGAAACGCACCAUUUGACGAGGAGGACGACGAUGACCAACUGAAUGACAGAAAGCCCGACAACGACAAUGACGGCGAUAAUGAUGACGAUGAUGAUAACGACGGUGAUGAUUUUGAAAAUUUCGUCGACAAUGAUGACGGCGAAGAAGAGUACCUCGCGAAGCUACGGAAAGAGCAAGAGCAACGAAGUCAGCAGAAGCAACAACAAGAGAAAAAUGAGCCCAGAGAAGAAUCCUCUCUUGUGGUGCAAAUCUUGGUUGGUGCGGCCCUGGUUGGCGCUGCUCGAAUCGUUCUGAUGCCUUCCGCACGUGGUUCCACUCCACCACCAGACGCUACAUCCAAAGACCAAACGGCGCCAACGAACAGCACAGACCAGCAACCGCGAGAGAACUAUCCCUCGUCUGGUCAGCAGCAGGAAAAGGUUCUGGCUACAAAUUUGAGCGAACGACUGCUGCACACAGAGAUGGCAGCCGCCAGUCUGGCGAAGAAGGCUGAGCUGAUUGAAGAGUUGUUAAGCCCGAUGCAAAGAGUCGCCCAACACUCUCAGUCCGUAGUUGAAGAUUUCAUCAACGCUGGCAGUGGACAUGGCGAUCGUGAUGAGUUCAUCGAAGGCAACGUGAUUCUCAUCGAGGGUGAUGAAGGUGAACUCUAUUCCGGCGAUGAUGAGUACAACUAUGAACUGGAGGACGAUUACAGCGAGGAGUUGGAAGAAAUCGAAGAAGAGGAAGAAUAUGACGAGGAGGAAAAAAAGUUGGUAGAACAGGAGCUUGAGAUAGGUACCUUCGUACCAACUACGUUUGAAGAAUUUAGCUCAAUGUAUCGCUCGACUGGUCAAACAAAUGAAUCGGUUCCAGUGCCUCCCGUACCAGCUACUGAAACUGCUCCUGAAAUAUCUGCAAAAGAUCCUCCCAUAAGCACCGCCCACAAGGAAUCGCCUUUAAUGAAGAAAAAGCCUCCCAAGGGAGCGCUCAACAAACUCAUAUACGGGCUCCACAAGGAACCGUUGAUCUCUACGGAAGAAUUUGAGCAAGCACUAGCAUCUACAAGUCAAUCAUCGAAAGAAAAACACGUGGAGUUUUUGCUUCCCGAAAAGGUUUUGGAUAUUGAUUUACCCGACAAAGAUCUUCCCAUGCAAUCCCCCGAAGGCGACGUGGACAAUGGAAGCAAAGAAAAUCUUUUUAUUCCUUAUGAAGACGAAGAUGACGCUGAUGAGUCGUACGAGGACGAAUUGAUCUACGAAGAGGAAGAGGAGCCGGACUCGGUUUUUCUACGGCAGUACCCUUCCGAUGAGGAAGAAGAGCCCUUUUCAGACGACGAACUCUCUGACGUGGAUGAUUCGGAACUGAUGAGACGCUUAGAGGAGAAAUACGGCAAGCUUGAUGUCAAGAAGGAACCUGCAACCCAACCGGAGGACGACGCAGAAGAAGAUGACAGCUGGACAAAGAUUCCCUCUAGGGAAAGUGAAUCUCAGAUCUAUGAGGAAGAACUGAAUCGAGCGAGAAGACACCUAGAUGAGCUGAAGAACCCGAAGAGAGCAUUGGAAGAAUACGAAUCGCUUCUCCGCAAGAAUCGGCGUCUAGUACGGGCCCUAGUUGGUAAAGCACGUGCCCUGGAUGCCCUGGCCGAGCAGCAGCAAAGCAAUGUUCUGCUGGGAGAGGCCAUUGAGGCUUACCGCGAUGUGGUGUUGUUGGGGAACGCCGCUGAUGACGAGGCGGUCAAAGAUGCUGGCGAGCGAUGCAUUGAUAGGUCCCGGUUCCGUGGCCAGUACUUGACGGUGAUCGAUGUACAUCAGGAGCUGAUUCGGCGGUUUGACUUGGAGCCCAGGUACAGGAAUCAGCUGGCGGUAACUUAUCUACUCACGAACAGAUUAGCGGAAGCGAAAGCUGUUCUUCAUGAAACACUAAUGCGUUGGAUCGACGAUGGGUUUGCUUUGGUACACUACGGGUUUGUGUUGAAGAAUCAUGACAAAGACAUGGAACAAGCAGUGCAAUAUCUCCGCGAAGGCAUCGAAACCGAACAUGAAGGAACACAAGAUGGUCGGUUCUACUUCCAUCUUGGUGAUGCGCUGCAGCGGUUAGGUCGUCAGCAAGAGGCUUUGGAUGUGUAUCGCAAAGGUGCCGAAAAGAAACUGUUCCUGUCGAUGUAUCAACGAUCGUUGUAUAAUGUCGAUGGUCUUGCAUCACGUCCAUUUUGGACGAUUGAGCAAACCACAUACGCCAGUCAGUUGGAAUUGAUUCGAUCACAAUGGGCAGCCAUUCGAGAUGAAGGUCUCAAACUGCUGAAUAUGGCUGCGAACUUCAAAGACGAAGCGGAGAAUCUCCGUGACUCCGGUGAUUGGAAGCAGUUCGAGCUAUUUUUCCGAGGUCAACGGAGUGACAAGAACUGUGCCAAAGCGCCGCUGACUUGUCGCCUAGUCGAGCAGUUUGCGGCGGCUCGCAGCUGUAAGCGAGGCCAAGUGAAGUUCAGUGUAAUGCACCCGGGAACGCAUGUGUGGCCGCAUUGUGGACCAACCAACUGCCGGAUACGGGCACAUCUGGGGCUAAAGGUGCCGAGCGAUACGUUCAUACGCGUCGCGGAGCAAACGAGAUCAUGGGAAAACGGCGAGUGGCUCAUCUUUGACGACAGCUUUGAGCACGAGGUAAAGCACUGUGGCGCAGCAACCCGUCUUGUACUGAUUGUCGACUUUUGGCACCCGGAUCUGACGGAAACACAGCGAAAGUCACUAUCGCCAAUCUGAGACUGCCAAAAAAGGUGCUUAUCCUGUGAUCUUUACGGAGCCUUAUUUCAGUGCAACUCUCACCAAAGACGUUAGAUGUAACACACGAUCCAGAAAGGGCUAUCGAGUAUCUAAUAGAAAAGUGCAUUUCUUUGUUUGGAUUCAUGAAUGAUUUAUUUUUUCGUACAGAUUUAAGUUUGUCAUGCAAACCUAUUAAGAGUAAAACGAGUCAUCUGUAUAUUUUCAGUAUGCAAAGAGAUAGUUGUUAAAAGUUUGUCACCAGGACAAAUGAGACUACAUGAGUUUAGUCAUGAGGACAAUCAAAGACUUUGAGAAAUAGGUCAGAUAUCGUAUUGUAAGAGUUUUAAUACAAAUUGUUAAAAAGA